AUUGAACUGAGAACAUUUGCUGUGUUUCCUGAUUUAUAGAUAUGUUUCUAAGAAACAUAUCUGUAACUUCCAAACAGUCCCAGCUGGCGUAGCUAAGGCUGUGUAAUUGAUAAGAUGCAUCUGGCUUCAAGGCACAGAUUAAGUACAAAGGCAGGCUCUUGCUGUCGCUGGAGAAUCCGGUUGGGGUAGGAGCUACAUCUCAGGACCACUUGCUCUAUAUAUGAGUGCCAAGAUAAUCUAGAGCAGGGAGAGGCAGAGAGGCAGGCAGCCUGCUGGGUUCUUCCUGCUGUUGAAAACUUACCCGGCCCUUACAGAGGAAAUUUUCCCACUCUCUUCUGCCCUGAAUGUUUUCCCAAACAUGAAGGCAAUAAGCUUAUUCAUUUUGGUGGGAUUUGUAGGAGAGUUCCAAAUUUUUUCAAGUGCCUCCUCUCCAGUCAACUGCCAGUGGGACUCCUAUGCCCCUUGGUCAGAAUGCAAUGGCUGUACCAAGACUCAGACUCGCAGGCGGUCAGUUGCUGUGUAUGCGCAGUAUGGGGGCCAACCUUGUGUUGGAAAUGCUUUUGAAACACAGUCCUGUGAACCUACAAGAGGAUGUCCAACAGAAGAGGGAUGUGGAGAGCGUUUCAGGUGUUUUUCAGGUCAGUGCAUCAGCAAAUCGUUGGUCUGCAAUGGGGAUUCUGACUGUGAUGAAGACAGUGCUGAUGAAGACAGAUGUGAGGACUCAGAAAGGAGACCUUCCUGUGAUAUCGAUAAACCUCCUCCUAACAUAGAACUUACUGGAAAUGGUUACAAUGAACUCACUGGCCAGUUUAGGAACAGAGUCAUCAAUACCAAAAGUUUUGGUGGUCAAUGUAGAAAGGUGUUUAGUGGGGAUGGAAAAGAUUUCUACAGGCUGAGUGGAAAUGUCCUCUCCUAUACAUUCCAGGUGAAAAUAAAUAAUGACUUUAAUUAUGAAUUUUACAAUAGUACUUGGUCUUAUGUAAAACAUACAUCGUCAGAACAUACAUCAUCUAGUCGGAAGCGCUUGUUUUUUAUAUCUUCAUCAUCUUCUUCACGCAGUUAUUCUUCACAGACCAAUGAAAUCCAUAAACGAAAGAGUUAUCAAUUGUUGGUUGUUGAGAACACGGUUGAAGUGGCUCAGUUCAUUAAUAACAAUCCAGAAUUUUUACAACUUGCUGAGCCAUUCUGGAAGGAGCUUUCCUACCUCCCCUCUCUGUAUGACUACAAUGCCUAUCGAAGAUUAAUCGACCAGUAUGGGACACAUUUUCUGCAAUCUGGGUCAUUAGGAGGAGAAUACAGAGUUCUAUUUUAUGUGGACUCAGAAAAAUUAAAACAAAAUGAUUUUGGUUCAGUAGAAGAAAAGAAAUGUAAAUCCUCAGGUUGGAGCUUUGUCAUUAAGUUUUCAAGUCAUGGAUGCAAGGAACUGGAAAAUGCUUUAAAAGCUUCUUCAGGAACCCAAAACAAUGUGUUGCGAGGAGACCCGUUCAUCAGAGGGGGAGGUGCAGGCUUCAUAUCUGGCCUUAAUUACCUAGAGCUGGACAAUCCUGCUGGAAACAAAAGGCGAUAUUCUGCCUGGGCAGAAUCUGUGACCAAUCUUCCUGAAGUCAUAAAACAAAAGCUGACACCUUUAUAUGAGCUGGUAAAGGAAGUACCUUGUGCCUCUGUGAAAAAACUAUACCUGAAACGGGCUCUUGAAGAGUAUCUGGAUGAAUUUGACCCCUGUCAUUGCCGGCCUUGUCAAAAUGGUGGUUUGGCCACUGUUGAGGGGACCCAUUGUCUGUGCCAUUGCAAACCAUACACAUUUGGGGCGGCGUGUGAGCAAGGAGUCCUCGUAGGGAAUCAAGCAGGAGGGGUUGAUGGAGGUUGGAGUUGCUGGUCCUCUUGGAGCCCCUGUGUUCAAGGGAAGAAAACAAGGAGCCGAGAAUGCAAUAACCCACCUCCCAGUGGGGGUGGGAGAACCUGCAUUGGAGAAACAACAGAAAGCACACAAUGCGAAGACGAGGAGCUGGAGCACUUGAGGUUGCUUGAACCACACUGCUUUCCUUUGUCUUUGGUUCCAACAAAAUUCUGUCCAUCACCUCCUGCCUUGAAAGAUGGAUUUGUUCAAGAUGAAGGUACAACGUUUCCUGUGGGGAAAAAUGUAGUGUACACUUGCAAUGAAGGAUACUCUCUUAUUGGAAACCCAGUGGCCAGAUGUGGAGAAGAUUUACGGUGGCUUGUUGGGGAAAUGCAUUGUCAGAAAAUUGCCUGUGUUCUACCUGUACUGAUGGAUGGCAUACAGAGUCACCCCCAAAAACCUUUCUACACAGUUGGUGAGAAGGUGACUGUUUCCUGUUCAAGUGGCAUGUCCUUAGAAGGUCCUUCAACAUUUCUCUGUGGCUCCAGCCUUAAGUGGAGUCCUGAGAUGAAGAAUGCCCGCUGUGUACAAAAAGACAAUCCUUUAACACAGGCAGUGCCUGAAUGUCAGCGCUGGGAGAAACUGCAGAAUUCAAGAUGUGUUUGUAAAAUGCCCUAUGAAUGUGGACCUUCCUUGGAUGUAUGCGCUCGAGAUGAGAGAAGCAAAAGGAUACUGCCUGUGACUGUUUGCAAGAUGCAUGUUCUCCACUGUCAGAGUAGAAAUUACACCCUUACUGGUAGGGACAGCUGCACUCUGCCUGCCUCAGCUGAGAAAGCUUGUGGUGCCUGCCCACUGUGGGGAAAAUGUGAUGCUGAGAGCAGCAAAUGUGUUUGCCGAGAAGCAUCGGAGUGCGAGGAAGAAGGGUUUAGCAUUUGUGUGGAAGUGAACGGCAAGGAGCAGACGAUGUCUGAGUGUGAGGCGGGUGCUCUGAGAUGCAGAGGGCAGAGCAUCUCCGUCACCAGCAUAAGACCUUGUGCUGCGGAAACCCAGUAGGCUCCUGGAGGCCCUGGUCGACUUGCUCAGAAUCCAGCAGGCAGCUGGGGCUGAGUGAAAACAUCUGCACAGCUGGGCUCUGGACAGAUUUCCUUCUUCUCCAGUAUCUACUUUCCCCCUCAGCUCCCAGCCAUCUGUAAAAACACAACCCUUUGUUCUCCCAAAUCUGAAUCAAAUUACUCUUUUGCCUCCUUUUUAAUGUCAGUCAGGAUAUCAGCCUUUGCACAGGCUGGCUGCGUGUUCUUGAAAAACAUGUUACCUUCUGUGAGCCUUGGUUUUUUCAAAUCUGUAAAAUUAGAGGAUUGCGCUAAAGAAACUUGAAUGCUCCAUUCAGGCCUAUCAUUUUAUUAAGUAUGAUUGACACAGCCCAUGGGCUAGAACACACUCUACAAAAUGACUAGGAAAACAGAAAGAAUAUGAUUUCCUGAUUAGAGAGGUUGAUUUUCCUCAAUGAAACCAAAUACAAGGAGGACUUGAACAAAAAUGACAGAUACAAAGUAUUUCUAUCCUGAGUAGUAAUCUCACACUUCAUCCUACCGAGUCAACCACAGAUAGGAAUUCCUUAUUCUUUUUUUUUCUUUUUUUUAAGACAGAGUCUCACUCUGUUGCUCAGGCUGGAGUGCAGUGGCGUGAUCUCAUCUCACUGCAACCUCUGGCUCCUGGGUUCAAGCGAUUCUUGUGCCUCAGUCUCCCAAGUAGCUGGGAUUACACAUGCCCGCCAUCACGCCCAGCUAAUAUUUGCAUUUUUAGUAGAGAUAUGGUUUCACCAUGCUGGCCACGCUGGUCUCCAACUCCUGACCUCAGGUGAUCUGCCCGCCUUGGCCUCCCAAAGUGCUGGGAUUACAGACGUGAACAACCACGCCCGGCUGGAAUACUUAUUCUUGUUGGGAGAAUGAACCACUAAAAUGUCAGAGCAGAAUUCAUUAUGUUAUGGUCACAGAGGUGUCUUGUCUGAGAACAAAUACAAUUCAGUCUUCUCUUUGGGGCUUUAGUAUGUGUCAAACAUAGGACUGGAAGUUCGCCCUUCUUUUUUCUUUUGAAAGAACAUCAGUUUCUUUGGAUAGAACAAUCAGAGAUUGUGCAUUUGAGAAUAGUUUUCCCUAAUGUGGAUACAGUCCCAGAGUUUUCAGCGAGUACACAGGUAGAUUAGUUUGAAGCAUUGACCUUCUAUUUAAUCCUUAUUUCUCUUUAUCAAAACAGCGUCUGUGGGAGGAGAAAUGAGAGAGCUUAAAUGAAAUUUAAAAUAUGCUUUAUUAUACAAAUACUGUCUCUGUAUUGUUCUGACCCUGGUAAAUAUAUUUCAAAACUUCAGAUGACAAGGAUUAGAAAACUCAUUAAAGAUACUAUUCUUCAGAA